UCCUAGCACUGGAGAAGGCUUUCCACUUUUUGGAGGGCAAGGGAGGCAGUCUGGGUCUAGCCCUGGGAGUGAUUGGAGGAAAGAGCCCCGCCCUCCUGGGGGCCUCAGGGGCUGUACAGGGCGGUGCUAUUGGAAAAAGGAAGACCUUCCCAGAGUGGGCAGGACAAGAAGCAGGAAAUCUUUGAGUCCAGACUGCUCUGGCUUCCGUCCACCACAAAUCUCUUCUUUCUUCCCCUAGAUCUGGGAUCGCUCCGCCUUCUGGACACCAGCUCUGUGUUUGCAGGUCCCUGAGAGAUCUCAGUCGCAGCACUGCCCCUCCCCCCAUUUCCUGGUUCUGCUGGCUGCCCGGGCAAUUCCGUCUCCUUCUCCUCCUCUGGGUGGAGUCUCUCGCCUGAGGGCAGGGCCAGGGCCUUUGUGACUCCUGUGGGGCCUCAUCCUGUAAAUCCCUGUAGGCCAGCCUGCUGCCUGGGAAGAGAAGAGCAAGACCUCUCCCCCUCUGGGAUCUUUCUCCCUGUCCAGCUCAGUCUGCAGAGGACCAAGGCCUGGCCCCAGCAGGGAGGCUGGAGCCAGAGGGAAUGGCCCCUGGGAGCAGCAGCCCCCCUCCUCAGGGGCUGGUGACAUUCAAGGACGUGGCUGUGGACUUCACCCAGGAGGAGUGGGGCCUCUUGGACCAUCCUCAGAAGGAGUUGUACAAGGGGGUCAUGCUGGAGAAUGCCCGGAACCUGCUCUCCCUGGGGCUGCCAGUUCCCAGAGAAGACAUGAUCUCUUCCUUUGAGCAAAGGGAAGGCCCAUGGAUGCUGGAGCAAGAAAGCCUGAGGAGCUGCUGUCCAGACGGAGAGAUGAGCCUGGAAAUGAAGGAAGCUGCUAUAGAACUAAGCCUUUCUGUGGCAGAAACUCCCAAGCAAGGAUUAAUGAGUGAUUGUCCCCUUGUCUUCAAUUGGAGAGAAGUCUGCAAAACACGUGAGAGUAUCCAAAGUGGAGAGAAACCGUAUGACUGUAAUCAAUGUGAGAAGGCUUUUAGAGAGAAGGGAUGUCCUAUUGCACAUCAGAGAACAUACACUGCAGAGAAACCUUAUGAAUGCAAUCAAUGUGGAAAGACUUUUAGAGAAAAGCGCUGUCUUGUUAUACAUAGUAGAAUCCACACUGGAGAGAAACCUUAUGAAUGUAAUCAAUGUGGAAAGACUUUUAGAGUGAAUGCUUCUCUUAUUACACAUCAGAGAACACACACUGGAGAGAAACCUUAUGAAUGUAAUCAAUGUGGAAAGACUUUUACUGAUAAGCGGAACCUGGGUAGACAUAGAACAAUCCACAGUGGAGAGAAACCUUAUGAAUGUAAUCAAUGUGGAAAGACUUUUAGAGUGAAUGCUUCUCUUAUUACACAUCAGAGAACACACACUGAAGAGAAACCUUAUGAAUGUAAUCAAUGUGGAAAGACUUUUACUGAUAAGUGGAACCUGGGUAGACAUAGAAGAAUCCACACUGGAGAGAAACCUUAUGAAUGUAAUCAAUGCGGUAAAGCUUUUAAAUGCAGGGAGAGUCUUAUUACACAUCAGAGAAUCCACACUGGAGGGAAACCUUAUGAAUGUAAUCAAUGUGGAAAAACUUUUACAUGGAAAAUUAGUCUUGUUAAACAUAGAAGAAUCCACACUGGAGAGAAACCUUAUGAAUGUAAUCAAUGCGGUAAAGCUUUUAAAUGCAGGGAGAGUCUUAUUACACAUCAGAGAAUCCACACUGGAGGGAAGCCUUAUGAAUGUAAUCAAUGUGGAAAGACUUUUACAUGGAAAAUUAGUCUUGUUAAACAUAGAAGAAUCCACACUGGAGAGAAACCUUAUGAAUGUAAUCAAUGUGGAAAAACUCUUCAAUGCAGGGAAAGUCUUAUUAAACAUCAGAGAAUCCACACUGGAGAGAAACCUUAUGAAUGUAAUCAAUGUGGAAAGACUUUUAGAGUGAAGGCUUCUCUUAUUACACAUCAGAGAACACACACUGGAGAGAGACCUUAUGAAUGUAAUCAAUGUGGAAAGACUUUUACUGAUAAGCAGAAUCUGGCUAGACAUCGAAGAAUCCACACUGGAGAGAGACCUUAUGAAUGUAAUCAAUGUGGAAAGACUUUUAAUGAUAAGCGGAAUCUGGCUAGACAUCGAAGAAUCCACACUGGAGAGAGACCUUAUGAAUGUAAUCAAUGUGGAAAAGCCUUUCAGUGCAGGGAUAGUCUUAUUACACAUCAGAGAAUCCACACUGGAGAGAAACCUUAUGAAUGUAAUCAAUGUGGAAAGACUUUUACUGAUAAGUGGAACCUGGGUAGACAUAGAAGAAUCCACACUGGAACAAAACCUUAUGAAUGUAAUCAAUGUGGAAAGACUUUUAGAGUGAAGGCUUCUCUUAUUAGACAUCAGAAAACACACACUGGAGAGAAACCUUAUGAAUGUAAUCAAUGUGGAAAGACUUUUACUGAUAAGUGGAACCUGGGUAGACAUAGAAGAAUCCACACUGGAACAAAACCUUAUGAAUGUAAUCAAUGUGGAAAGACUUUUAGAGUGAAGGCUUCUCUUAUUCCACAUCAGAGAAUCCACGCUGGAGACAAACCUUAUGAAUGUAAUCAAUGUGGAAAGACUUUUACUAAUAAGUGGAGUCUUGUUAAACAUAGAAGAAUCCACACUGGAGAAAAACCUUAUGAAUGUAAUGAAUGUGGAAAGACUUUUAGAGUGAAGGCUUCUCUUAUUACGCAUCAGAGAAUCCACACUGGAGACAAACCUUAUGAAUGUAAUCAAUGUGGAAAGACUUUUACUGAUAAGCGGAGUCUUGUUAAACAUAGAAGAAUCCACACUGGAGAGAAACCUUAUGAAUGUAAUCAAUGUGGAAAGACUUUUAGAGUGAAGUCUUCUCUUAUUAAACAUCAGAGAACACACACUGGAGAGAAACCUUAUGAAUGUAAUCAAUGUGGAAAGAUUUUAACUGAUAAGUGGAGUCUUCUUAAACAUAGAAGAAUUCACACUGGAGAGAAACCUUAUGAAUGUAAUCAAUGUGAAAAAGCUUUUAAAUGCAGGGAGAGUCUUAUUACACAUCAGAGAAUCCACACUGGAGGGAAACCUUAUGAAUGUAAUCAAUGUGGAAAGACUUUUACUGAUAAGUGGAGUCUUGUUAAACAUAAAAGAAUCCACACUGGAGAGAAACCUUAUGAAUGUAAUCAAUGCGGUAAAGCUUUUAAAUGUAGGGAGAGUCUUAUUACACAUCAGAGAAUCCACACUGGAGGGAAACCUUAUGAAUGUAAUCAAUGUGGAAAGACUUUUAGAGUGAAGGCUUCUCUUAUUACACAUCAGAGAACACACACUGGAGAGAGACCUUAUGAAUGUAAUCAAUGUGGAAAGACUUUUACUGAUAAGCGGAAUCUGGCUAGACAUCGAAGAAUCCACACUGGAGAGAAACCUUAUGAAUGUAAUCAAUGCGGUAAAGCUUUUAAAUGCAGGGAGAGUCUUAUUACACAUCAGAGAACACACACUGGAGAGAAACCUUAUGAAUGUAAUCAAUGUGGAAAAACUCUUCAAUGCAGGGAAAGUCUUAUUAAACAUCAGAGAAUCCACACUGGAGAGAAACCUUAUGAAUGUAAUCAAUGAAGAAAGGCUUUCAGAUGUAGGAAGUCUCUUGGUAAUCAUCAGAGAACACACACUGGAGAGAAACCUUAUCACUCGAGAUGGUGUUGAGACUCUGGGCAGCUGCAGCUAAGGGCCCUCCAG